AUGUCAAGUUUGUUUUAUUAACUUAAAACCUAGGUUCAUUAUAAAUCUGCAACCUUUUUAAAUAAAAAAUAAUUUAAGUUAAAAGCACUGUAUUUGCAAUGUAAUUAGUAUUUAUAAUUUUUAUAAUAAUUAAAUUAUGGUAUUAGAUAAUAUAUAUAAAAAUUCAGAUCCAAGGGAGUUAUUUAUAACCACAAGGCUAGGAAUUUUUAUAGUGAGGAGUUUCUUUAUAUUUUAAUGAUUUCUAAAAAAGGUGGUAUUCCUCUUCUGUAUUUUUCUUAUUAAAGUAGUCUAUUUAGUUUAUGUAGAGCCUUUAAGGAUUCAAUAGAUAGGAUUUCAAUGGUUCGUCUAUAAUAAAUAUCCAGAAUUCUAUAAAGACAAUUUAGUUUGGAUUUACUUGUGUUCUUUUGAACAUCUAUCUUUACUCUAUUCUACAUUUGAAUUGAGCUCCUUCAUAUGUAUUUAUAUAUUAAUCAAAAUAUUAAACACUAGAAAUAGAUCCAAUAGUGAGAUCACACCACAUCUUUAAAGAACCACCAAUAUCAAAUAUUGA